ACUCCCUCAUUGAAAGCACACAGUAAGGAACAGAUAAUGCAAAAAUGAAACCUUUUCACACAAUGGCUGAUCAAUGACACACUCCUAGCAUCUCUAAUAAGCCAAAGAAUUUAUCCUUGGUUGUAGGGUAAGGAAGUUACUAAGGAAGAUGAGCUUUCAGAGAACGACCCUCUAAUUUACACACUUAAUGAGGAGCCAAGUAAAUCGCACUGCCAUUGGCUCCUUGUCUGGGCAGAAUGUCUGAGGAUAACAUGGAGCAUGGAAAGGGGCCUGGAAAUGCAGUGGCUAGGUUGCAGCCAGCAAGAGGGAACCACUUAAGCACAAUGGACAAAAAAUUGAAUCUUUUGAGUGAAAAGGUAGAUAAAUUAUUGAGUUCCCAAGAAGACCUGAAUGGCAAGCUACAGAAGGUGAACCGAGGCAUUGACGACCUAGGAAAGAACAUUGACAAGUUAACAGCAUCCCAAGCAUCCGCUGCUGAGACAGAUGCAGCAAAAAAAGGCCUGAAACCUGGGGACAGCGUUCGCCCAUUUGAGACCGAAAAUGCGUGCUCAGAAAUGCUGAAGCUGAUGAGAGCUACACAGCAAGAUGCCUUGAAGCACAGGGAGAGGCUGGAAAAGAUAGAAAAAAUGGUUGAUACUGUGGAUAAAGUCAUUACAUUUGUGGGAGAGACAUUCAAAAAUUCUAAAGUAGUGGAUUUCAUUCUGAGAGGCAUUGUACCCUGGAAGAAAGGGAGUCUGGUUGAAAUCCUCAUGGAGACUAAAGAUCAACCUGAAGAGAAGGGUGCGAAACCAAAGCAUGUAUCUAGCAACAGAGGAGUCCAGGCUGAAAGCAAAGAGUCUUUGGAAGAGCCCAAAGGAGAAGAAAAGUUGGAUGAAACUAACAGAGCAUGUGAAAAAGUAAACUCUUUUGACGCUGUAGUCUCCAAAGUUGACUCCAGUCCACAAGUUAAAGAAAGGACAACACAGCUGCAAAAAAUAGCAGGUUCUGGCAAAACAAAUAGCUCUAAGAAUUGUCAACCACAAAAAGGCACUGGAAUUAAAGCUUUGAUUCCAAACCAUGGUCUUGCCUGCAUAAAUCAUGGCCCUGUGGGGAACAAGAAUGUUACUGCUGAAGCAAUUGAUACGGACAGAGCACCAGGACUGGAAGAACACCACAGAAAUCCUAUCACUCAGAAAUCAAAAGAAAGUGAAAACAAACCCUCUACAUUCAGUGCUAUAUCCAUGGAAGCCGUGCCAUCCACAUCAAAGUCUGUAUCCAGAGCAGGGUGUGAAGUGAUACGUACAAGGAUUUCCAUCAAUGUGCAGAUGACUGAAACCCAAGAAAAGAUUCCAGUGGCCAAGGAAGGAAGCCUAGGUGAUCAUGGAGGUACAAGUUCCAAAGUAAAAUCCCCUCUGUCCUCACCAUUGGAAGUUGAAGGAAUUAAACAUCUGACUGGCAAAUUUAAACACAAUCCGUGCCCCCCAAACACCAGAACUGACCCAAUUCAAGAAGUAAAAGGGGUGAAGCUUGCUAAUAAACACAAUGAACAGGAACCCAAAUUAGGGAAGCCACAGAUGCUAUUGAACAAAGUCUUGACUGAUAAAAAGCCCCUAGAGAAAUCAGAAUUAAAAUGCAAGUCCAUAUCCUCUCAAAGCACAGCGGAAAAUGAUACUAAAAAAGAUCUUGGUGGCAAAAUGAAAAGCCCUAAAGAAACAUCAAAAACAAUGAAAGAAUCCACAAAGGAUGCUAGAUCUGAAUUAGAAUUAAAAUGUGUGGAAUUAGAAAGCACAUACACAGGACAAAAAGACGACAAUGCAAAUCAACGUACAGGAGACGCCCCAGAAAACACUACAUCAGUAGAAACCAGCAAAGCAUUUGGCAAGGAGGAUGAAGUAAUCAUUGAUGACAGCCCUCCUUCUCCUGCUCCCUUUGACCAUCGCAUAGUGAGCGUCAAACACACAGAGAUAACAACGUGCUACUCAGUGUGCCGGCAUGAAGUAUUAGGAGGGGGGCGUUUUGGUCAAGUUCACAAAUGCACGGAGGUGUCAACUGGUCUUAACCUGGCAGCCAAAAUAAUAAAAGUGAAAGGAGCAAAGGAAAGGGAGGAAGUGAAAAAUGAAAUAAACAUCAUGAACCAGUUAAAUCAUGUGAAUCUGAUCCAGCUUUAUGAUGCUUUUGAAUGCAAGAACAACCUCACCUUGAUCAUGGAAUAUGUUGAUGGUGGUGAAUUAUUUGACCGAAUCACAGAUGAGAACUACCAUCUAACUGAGUUGGAUGCAAUCCUUUUUACCAAACAAAUAUGUGAAGGAGUCCACUACAUACAUCAGCAGUAUAUUCUCCAUUUAGACCUGAAGCCUGAAAACAUAUUAUGUAUAAAUCGCACUGGAAACCAGAUUAAAAUUAUUGACUUUGGUUUAGCUAGGAGGUACAAACCUCGUGAGAAGCUGAAAGUUAAUUUUGGCACUCCUGAAUUCUUGGCUCCCGAAGUGGUGAACUAUGACUUUGUUUCGUUCCCAACUGACAUGUGGAGUGUAGGCGUCAUCACGUAUAUGCUGCUUAGUGGCUUAUCACCGUUCCUAGGAGAAACGGACGCAGAGACAAUGAAUUACAUAGUGAACUGCAGCUGGGAUUUUGAUGCAGAAGCAUUUGAACAACUCUCAGAAGAGGCAAAAGACUUUAUUUCCAAACUCCUUGUGAAGGAGAAGAGUUGCAGGAUGAGUGCAGCACAGUGUCUGAAACACGAAUGGCUAAAUGAUCUGCCUGGCAAAGCCAAGAAAUCCAAGCUUUGCCUGAAGUCCCAGUUGCUGCUACAGAGUUAUAUGGCUCAUAGAAAAUGGAAGAAACAUUUCUACGUGGUAGCUGCUGCCAAUCGUCUGAGAAGGUUUCCGAGCAUGUCUGUCAACCUCGCAUAAGCUGCUGUGGAAGAGCUAUAAGCCUUAGAGCUAGAGAUGAAGCAGAGAGAAAAGGACUAGAUGUUUCUCUCUCUUCCACCACCACUUCUGCCAUCCUCAUGUGAUGUAUCAGGCGUGUGUUUAGGUACCAGAACUGCCUCAGAGCACAACAACAUAGAACGAAUUUUACUAAUCUUUAUAAAACAGGGGUUUCCAUAGUUCUGUUUUACAAGCUCUCAGCUACUGGACAUAGUGAUACAUAAAUAUUCCUGAUAUAACUCCACUUAUAGCUAUAUUGAUAUGCUUAUAAUUAGCAGCUAAGUUCCUUGAGUGGGACCCACUUCUUUUGGAAGUCUUUGAUUAUUGAUAUGAAUCCAAAGGGUGGAGUAUAGCAGCAAGCACCUGGUCAGCAGCAGUGGGAUACCUUAAGACUUUCUAUGUUAAUGAGGUGCUGUACGAUCACUUUUAGGGCAUUGCCACAGUGGUGAUAGAUUUGGAGGGAUAAUAGUGCUCUAUUUUCCCCAAAGAUAAUUGUUACUUAAAGCAAAAUACCCAGGGACAAAACUGAGGUAGAGAAAUGCAGUUUUUCUACAUUUUCUUCUGAAGGGGUUCAUUUUUUUUCUGCCUCCCUCCCCCCACCCCCGUUUUUUUUUUUUAAUUAUUUUUUUCACCAAAGCAUCACAAUAAUGCAUGGCAACUAGUCAGAGUAGAAAGAAAAAGUGUCUUCCACCUUAUCCUCUAAAACAAAACCUACUGCUUUCAGAGGCAUUUAAAACCUGGCGCAAGUUAAGACAGAUUGUCCCCUACUGCUAUAUUUUUAUAAUGGGUCAAACUGAUUAAAUAGCUCCUUGUGUUGGUAUGAAUUUAGGUUUAACUACCACAAAUGAAAAACAAUUGGGAUGACAAUCUGGUGGAUGAAAUACAGUGCAGUUAGGUGUCACCUCCUCCCCAGGAACAGAGGUUCUUUUAUUCUCCCCUCUGGGUGUGAGUUUCAGGGGAUACAUUUUAAAUAUAGUUUUCUGUAGCUGGGACCUGAAUGCUUAGUUUUCUAAGCUGAUAUUUGAGUUCAACACUUUUGCCAAAUGCCAUGAAGUGUAACAGAAAAACUACUGCUUUGUAACGGAUGAACUGGUUUUUGUUUCUGUUCAGCUGCUGGGUAGGGGAUCAGUGAAUUGCCAGCCUUUGACUCUGUUUUAGUCACAUGGGAGCUGUUGCCCUUUUUCUGAUUGUUUAAAAACAAAAAUAAGUUAAUAUUAUCAAGAAAAAGGUUAAUUUCAAGAACCAAUUUUUUUUCUGAUGCUUAUAAAACUGGAGUCACCCCAUAUAACACAAUCCCAGUACCAAUUGUGUUUCCUUAGUGUUUAUCAGGCACUUUGGUAGAGGUGGCUGACACACUGUUUCCUUUGUGGCUAACCUACAGGCUGCACCACUCUAUGUGAGCUGAUUAAAAUAAUUUAUCACUAACAGUAGCAGCUUAAGUCUGCACAUUCAGCCUAAUCAAAUCACAAUUUUACUCCCAUUAACUCUUUGCCUUUCAAUUGCCUAAAAUGUUUGUUGCUCCCAGCCCUCAUCAAGACCUUAAAAAUUGCUUACACUAGUUUAAUGUUAAGCUUGUCUAGCUUUUCAGUUCUAGAACGUCUCCCUUCACUUCCAGAUGGACUGGACUUGUACAGCACUUUUGGCAUUAUGUCAGAGGGCAACAAAAGUUACAUGAAAAAAUCCUGACAAUGGAUCACCUUCUGUGAAGGCCCAAGCUUGUUCACAUUUCCCCUCCCCAGUGACAUUGCAUGGUAAAUAGUUAUUGUUAGUAUGCAUAGUUAUGACAUUAACACUAAUAAAUCUCAGCAAAAAUGUAACU